CCAUCCUCGCUCCCGUUGGAAUCCAAACUCCAAUCUCGAAACCAAAACCCCGACCCCGCCAAGCCUCCCUCUUGCAAACCCUAAUCCUAAGUUUAGAAGAGAAGGCAUCAUCUUCGACGAUCCUUAAUCCACCGGAAUCCCUAACGCUCCUCCGGUCGAAGUAGUGCGGUUGGGAUGGAGCAGGAGCAGGAGCAGCAGCAGCAGGUGGCGGCGAUCAUCGGGGCGGCGGACCCGGCCCUGUUCGAGGCUCUGGUGUCCCAGCUGAUGUCCUCCGUCAACGAGCAGCGAUCGCAGGCAGAGGCCCUCUUCAACCUCUGCCGCGACCGCCACCCGGAUUCCCUCGCUCUCAAGCUCGCCCACCUCCUCCACUCCUCCUCCCGCGUCGAGAUCCGCGCCAUGUCCGCCAUCCUCCUCCGCAAGGUCCUCACCCGUGGCUCCUCCUCGUCUGACGCCGCCGCCGUCUCGCCCUCAUAUCUCUGGCCCCGCCUCUCCCCUGCGACGCAGUCCUCCCUCAAGUCCCUCCUCCUCUCCGCCGUCCAGCGCGAGGACUCGAAGUCCAUCGCCAAGAAGCUCUGCGAUACCGUCUCCGAGCUUGCCUCCAGCCUCCUCCCCGAUGACGCCUGGCCGGAACUCCUCCCUUUCAUGUUCCAAGCCGUCACCUCCACCGACUUCCCCCGCCUCCAGGAGUCCUCCCUUUUCAUCUUCUCCCAGCUCGCCCAGUACAUCGGCGACGCCCUCCUCCCCCACCUCUCCACCCUUCACGGGGUCUUCCUCUCCUCCCUCUCCCACCACUCCUCCCCUGAUGUGCGCAUCGCCGCCCUCGGCGCCGCCAUCAACUUCAUCCAGUGCCUCCCCUCCGCCACUGACCGUGACCGCUUCCAGGACCUCCUCCCCGCCAUGAUGCGCACCCUGACCGAGGCCCUCAAUUCUGGCCAGGAGGCCACUGCCCAGGAAGCGCUCGAGCUCCUCAUCGAGCUUGCCAGCACGGAGCCCCGCUUCCUUCGUCGGCAGCUCCCUGAUGUUGUCAGUGCCAUGCUUCAGAUUGCCGAGGCUGACCGCCUCGAGGACGGCACUCGCCACCUUGCUGUCGAGUUCGUCAUCACGCUUGCCGAGGCUCGUGAGCGUGCCCCUGGCAUGAUGCGCCGCCUUCCCCAGUACAUCGGCCGCCUCUUUGCUGUCCUCAUGAAGAUGCUGCUUGACAUCCAGGAUGAGCCCGCCUGGCACAGUGCCGAGACCGAGGAUGAAGAUGCUGGGGAGACCAGCAACUACAGUGUCGGCCAGGAGUGCCUUGAUCGGCUCUCCAUUGCCCUCGGGGGGAACACUAUCGUUCCUGUCGUGUCUGAGCUGCUUCCGGCAUACUUGGCUGCACCUGAGUGGCAGAAGCACCACGCUGCCCUGAUCAUGCUUGCGCAGAUUGCAGAGGGAUGUUCGAAGGUCAUGAUAAAAAAUCUUGAACAAGUAGUAAAUGUGGUCCUGAACUUGUUCCAAGAUCCCCAUCCUAGAGUACGUUGGGCAGCGAUAAAUGCUGUUGGGCAGCUGUCAACUGAUUUGGGUCCUGAUUUGCAGAUGCAGUAUCACCAUCUUGUGUUGCCAGCACUGGCAUCUGCUAUGGAUGAUUUCCAGAAUCCUCGUGUACAGGCCCAUGCUGCCUCUGCAAUCCUGAAUUUCAGUGAAAACUGCACUCCAGAAAUUUUGACACCUUACUUGGAUGGAAUUGUGAGCAAAUUGCUUGUGCUGCUACAGAAUGGGAAGCAGAUGGUGCAAGAAGGAGCUUUGACAGCUUUGGCAUCAGUGGCAGAUUCAUCACAGGAGCACUUCCAAAAGUACUAUGAUGCUGUUAUGCCAUACCUGAAAGCUAUUUUGAUGAAUGCUACUGACAAGUCAACUAGAAUGCUCCGUGCCAAAUCCAUGGAGUGCAUUAGUUUGGUCGGAAUGGCUGUAGGCAAGGAUAAGUUCAGGGAUGAUGCUAAACAGGUAAUGGAAGUGCUGAUGACAUUGCAAGGAUCUCAGUUGGAGACGGAUGAUCCAAUAACAAGCUACAUGCUGCAGGCAUGGGCAAGACUUUGUAAAUGCCUAGGCCAGGAUUUUCUUCCAUACAUGAAUGUGGUCAUGCCCCCAUUGCUUCAAUCUGCUCAGCUCAAACCGGAUGUUACAAUUACUUCUGCAGAUUCAGAUGAUGAUAUUGAUGAAUCCGAUGAUGACAGCAUUGAAACAAUCACUCUUGGGGAUAAAAGGAUUGGUAUUAGGACGAGCAUCUUGGAGGAGAAAGCUACAGCAUGCAACAUGCUUUGUUGCUAUGCUGAUGAGCUCAAGGAGGGGUUCUUCCCGUGGAUUGAUCAGGUUGCUCCUACUUUGGUACCGCUGCUGAAAUUUUAUUUCCAUGAAGAAGUUAGGAAGGCCGCAGUUUCAGCCAUGCCAGAGUUACUACGAUCAGCCAAGUUGGCAGUGGAGAAGGGCCAAGCUCAAGGCCGUGAUGAAUCGUAUGUUAAACAGUUAUCUGACUAUAUAAUUCCAGCUCUGGUUGAAGCUUUGCAUAAGGAACCUGAGACAGAGAUUUGUGCAAGCAUGCUGGAUUCGUUGAAUGAAUGCAUACAGCUUUCUGGAAUGCUUCUUGAUGAAAACCAGGUCAGAUGCAUAGUGGAUGAAAUCAAGCAUGCGAUAACAGCUAGCACAACUAGAAAGAGAGAGAGAGCAGAGAGGACAAAAGCAGAGGACUUUGAUGCUGAAGAAGGGGAAUUACUCAGAGAAGAGAAUGAACAAGAAGAAGAAGUCUUUGAUCAAGUUGGUGAUUGUUUGGGCACUUUGAUCAAAACUUUCAAGGCUUCUUUUAUACCAUUUUUUGAUGAGCUUUCCAUAUAUAUAACACCUAUGUGGGGUAAGGAUAAAACAGCCGAAGAAAGAAGGAUUGCCAUUUGUAUUUUUGAUGAUGUUGCAGAACAAUGUCGAGAAGCAGCUCUUAAGUAUUAUGAUACAUAUCUUCCUUUCUUAUUAGAAGCUUGCAAUGAUGAAAAUGCAGCUGUUAGACAGGCUGCAGUUUACGGUGUUGGGGUUUGUGCGGAGUUUGGUGGUUCCGUAUUUAGACCUCUAGUUGGAGAGGCUCUCUGUAGGUUAAAUAAUGUGAUAAGACAUCCGAAUGCACUUGAUUCAGACAAUGUAAUGGCUUACGACAAUGCUGUUUCAGCUCUAGGGAAAAUAUGCCAGUUUCAUCGGGAUAAUAUUGAUGCAGCUCAGGUUUUUCCUGCUUGGUUAAGCUGCUUGCCUAUAAAAAAUGAUCUGAUUGAGGCAAAAAUUGUACACGACCAGCUCUGUUCGAUGGUUGAAAGGUCUGAUAGGGAGCUUUUGGGUCCUAACAAUCAAUAUCUCCCCAAGAUCAUUUCUGUUUUUGCUGAGUGGACUGAUGGAAUGCUUCAGUUGUGGGGAAAAAUAUUUUAUGUGGGGGCAAGGAUUUGGCGACCGAACAGACUGCCAGCAGGAUGAUUAAUCUUCUGAGGCAGCUUCAGCAGACAUUGCCUCCAUCCGUUCUCGCUUCAACCUGGUCUUCCUUACAGCCCCAGCAGCAGCGUGCACUGCAUUCUGUCUUGUCAUCAUAGUAUCUUCAGUUGCUGGGCCUGUGAACUGCAAAUCCUGAUUUCUAACUGUGUAUUUAUCAUUAUUACUCAAUUCUUUGCCUCUGCAUGGUUUGAAUGGAUUGCGUGUGAGCUGCAUGUAACUUGCUGAGGGUCAAGGUUGUGAGAGUAUGGUUGUGAUUUUGCUGUAAAAUAUGUAUAUUAUUUAUUGGUAAGUGCGUUGUGCCACUGAUCUGUUACAAUUGAGAAGAUAAAAGAAAAAAAGUGUGGUUAUUGGUGGUUUUUUCGUUUUCUUUUC